AAAUGUAUUUCUCUUUUUUCCUGUGUAAAGCGUGUUCAGAAGCAAUGGGUAUGGAGAACGGACAGAUAGGCGACACUCAGAUCACUGACUCUGGAAAUAUAGCAGCUCAGGGAAGACUGAACUUUAAAACAGGAUCGUCAGUAAAUCAGUGGCUCCAGGUGGAUCUUAAAAAGUUCAGAGUUGUGACAGGGAUUGCCACACAAGGACGAAGUGACUACCCUCAGUGGGUUACCUACUACGAGCUUCUAUACAGCGAGGAUGGCGUUACCUUUGUUCAUUACAAAGAACCGGGACAAAGCCUACCAAAGCAAUUCAGAGGAAAUACAGACCAGACUAGUAUUGUUUAUCACAAGUUAAACCCGUCAAUUCAAGCUCGUUUCAUCAGACUCAUACCUAGAAGAUGGAAGAAUUACGCAGUACUCAGGAUGGAGCUGUACGGCUGUUUAGGAUGUUUAACACCUCUGGGUAUGGAGAACAGACGGAUAAAGGAUGCUCGAAUCACCGCUUCUUCAGAAUAUAGUGUUCAACAUGCUGCAAAGUUUGGAAGGCUGAAAUUCAAGGCAACAGGAAAAAAACAGGGAGGAUGGUCAGCACUUUACAAUGAUAAUCAAUGGAUUCAAGUGGAUUUUACCAAGUAUACUGUAGUGAAAGGAAUAGCGACACAAGGGCGAAAUGGUUACAGCCAGUGGGUAACUAAGUACAAGCUGCAGUACAGCGACGAUGGAGUAAACUUUCACUAUUACGGAGAAUCCAACCAGAAUCCGCCAAAGGUCUUUGAAGGCAAUAAAGACACAGACAGUAUUGUGUACCACCAUUUAUACCCUCCGAUCAAAGCACGUUUUAUCAGAUUAAGGCCAACAGAAUGGUAUGUCCACGUCUCACUUCGGAUGGAGCUCUACGGUUGCUUAGAUCCUUCAGCGAAAUUACAAUGCAACCGCAACAACAUAUCAUUAAGCGUCCCUAAGACCCUUCUUCCUGGUAUCAAGCGUGAGGAUCUCCGACUCCUGGACACGAAAUGCAAAGCUGAGGAAGACGACACUUAUUACAGUCUAACAACACCGCUGGUCGGGUGUAAAACUACACGCAAACACACGACUACGGCUGUCGUUUACUCCAAUAUGGUCUUGAAAGUUCCCACAGCUUCCAAAAAUGCUACGAUACGUGAUUUAAAAAUACAGUUCAGCUGUGUUUAUUCCAGUCAUGGUGUGGUGACAUCGGUUGGUUGGAGGGCAGUCAACAGAAAAUUUAUAAUUAGUGAAGAGGGUGAAGGAAACUAUACGCUCUUUUUGAAUAUGUUCCCUGACAAGAAAUUUGCGAUUCCUUACAAGGAAGAGGAUUUUCCUCUCUUUGUGGCGCAGAAACGUCUUUUCUUGGAGGUAUCAGUGACAAAUGAUAAGCGGCUCUCAAUUAUAGCUGAUCGAUGUUACACCACGCCUUCUCGCGAACGAGAAAAUGCACCGAAGUACGAGUUUAUUUCGAAAGGAUGUGCAAACUAUCCCUCUGUGGUCUACCAUCCUGCACCCGCGAUCAACUUCCAGCGAUUUAGCCUUGAAACCGCUAAAUUCAUUGGCACCGAUUCGUUUGUAUUUGUUCACUGCCACGUGAUCGUAUGCAACGCAACUGACCCAGAUUCCCAAUGUGCAAAGAAGUGUCCGCCAGGUAACCGUGGGAAACGUCAAGUAAGCGAUCACGAGAUGGACGCACAGUACUCUUUGGCCCAGGGUCCGCUCAUUCAUGUUAGCGAGAAGAAAGAAGAGGAGGAAAGCAAUGGUGGAGCCAGUAACGAGAAGAAUGCUUCUGAUACUACCUUCGUAGUAGGUCUGGUAAUGAUAUCCGUUGCUUGCUUGGCGGCCAUGGGGACUGGACUGGUAGUCUUUAAGAAGUUACGAGACAAGCGGUCUGCUGCUGAGUUUUUCAGCGGUCAUGAGAAGGAAAAGCCUGAACAUUGAUGAUACAGACUGGACUGGCCCUGGAGGACACUUGAGUUUGAGAAACACAUAAACUUUCAUUUAGAUGCGUAGUUGCUUCUCUUAAACCGCUCUUUGGGGACUCAGUAUUUUACACGAGGACUAGCAUUUCAACAACUUCUGUUAAUAAUAUCUUUCUUUUUUUUUUUGGUUUAACCAAUGAUUGGUUGUGUAGGAGUUCCAGCACUUUUCGAUUAAACAUAAGCUGUAAGCCCCUAUUCCCAGAAAAAUAAUCAACUCAGCAACUCAGAAACGGGAAUGCGGGUGAGAACUCAACUUCGAUAAAUAAAGACUCCUUCAAGCGUAGGAAAGCGCGAGUGAUCUGAUCACAAGUGUUUCCAGUUUUUCAUUUGAUUGGCUUACUGGAGAGCACAAAUUUUCAAGACCAAGGUGCGUGAAGUCGAAAAGUGCUGACUGAGUAGUUGUUUGUGAAAAUUUUCUAAUCAGCGACGAGUAUGAUAACACUGAUGACAUCAAAGUG